UGGCUGGAUGUGGAUGUCAUGCGCUACCGAAUGUUGGCCGUUUCCUCUGUACCAUCAUGAUACCGACGGAAGGCCUUUACCUUCGAAAAAUAAAAUAAGGAAAACAUUACUUGCAACGCGAGAUUCUUAGGUAUCAAACAAUAUUAUGCUUUUUCUCUUGCGUUACACGCUUCUGGUGUUGAGAAGGGUCUUUUCAUUUUUUGGAAUAUAGCCGACAGGGAUGCCGUUUAACUGCGUAAACAUAAUGGCUUUGGUUCAGCAUCAUAGACUCAUGCUGCUGUUUUGUAUGGUGACUAGCAUUCACACCCGGUCUUCUCAAAUAUCGGACUUAAAAUCCAAAAUAUCAGGUGUGGAAGAGCUUUUAGAAGAAUUCCGCAAGCAGCUCCAACAGGACCAGACGGAUAACAGGGAUGAGGAGGAUGUGGUAGACGUCUGCCUCGGGGAUUUUAACGCAGUAGAGGAGCACAUCAUCCGAGCGAGGGCAUCCAUUGAGCAGGGGGCUACCUUCCUCUCGGUUCCUGACCGGGUUUACAGCUGGAAAGACUGUCUCCAUGCGUGCUGCGCAGACCCUCACUGCACAUUGGCGGUCGUUCAGGAGGACUUGAGACAGUCGGACGACAGCCUAAGCUGCUAUUUGUUCAACUGCACCUAUAGAAAUAAAAACGUUUGCUCGUUUGCCGCACAGGCUGGGUUCAGCGCCUAUACCCGGGCUCACAAUGCAACAGGGCACCUUACUUUCUCCAUUGGCAAUGGAGAUGCAAACAAAUUGGCCCAUUUGAUUAGGAGACCUACGGAAAAACUUGGUGCUGAGGAUGGCAGUCAAAUGCAAGACAUGGACGAGCCGCCCCGCAGUGAUGCCGGCCAGGAUGUGGUAAUCCAGCUGCCAACUGACUGGGCCGUGCUAGACGGCCGGGACAGUGUAGAUGACCAAGGCGUCACUCGGUACAAAUGGGCCCUGGUAAAGGGUGACCCGGCCAUCAACAUGAAGGUAACCCAUCCAGGGUUACUUAAGAUCAGUGGUCUACAGGAGGGCGUCUAUAUUUUCCAGAUGACUGUUACCGACAUUGCAGGACAGAAGAGCUCGGACAAUGUCACUGUGACGGUGCUAGCUCCAGAACGCCAAGCUAAAGUGUGUACAGGCCACUGUUCGCAAUACCAGUUCAUGUGUGAUGAUGGCUGCUGUAUUGACAUCUCCUACGCCUGCGAUGGGAAGCAGCAGUGUCCUGACCGCUCGGAUGAGGCCUUCUGCCAGAGCUUUGAUGGGAACAGGAAGUCAGUGACCCACCCCUCAGGUCAAACCGUCUCGCAGGUGCCUGUGGCCCAGCCAGAGGAUACAGAGGACCACUCCAUGACCCAGGGUGGGCAUAGGAAGACCAUGGAGGAGGCCAGACCACCGCCACCACAAACCCCACAGAUCCCACAGUCCGUUGACAGGAGCCGGGUUGUGCCUCACGUCCUGCCACAGCCAAGUCACAGUGAAGGGGAAAGUCCUGUCAGUAAAGAGCCCUGUACGGAGCUCCCUGCUGUGGGGCCUUGCAAAGGCAUCUUCCCACGCUGGUUCUAUGACCCCGUGGCUGGAGAGUGUAAGCACUUCAUCUAUGGAGGCUGCAAAGGAAACCACAACAACUUCCUGCAGCAGCCAGACUGUGUCAGUGAAUGCAUGAAUGGAACAGGUCCUGCUUUCGAGUUAACGACCGUGGCACCUGGCCCCACCACAAAACAAGCAGGGAGGGCUGAUGUCCUUAAAGUGACCAUGAAGUGGCCAGAGAUCAGCCCGCAAACAGAGAGUGACGUGAUCCCAAUAUUCAAAUCCCACGCAGGACACCCUGUGCCAGAGCCAGGUGCAAUCCUUCCAUUGGCUCUGGGCCUGAUCAUCACUGCUCUGUUGCUGCUUAUGAUUGGCUGUCGCAUGCGGAUGGUCCGCCACAGGCUGAAGAAGACCCGCCCCCUCACCACGGAGGAGUCUGAUUAUCUCAUCAAUGGCAUGUACCUGUAGCAGCGGGCAGGAAUGGAGGCCCCGGUGAACCAGAAGGAGAGCGCUAUGUCUCCAUAGGCAAAGAAUAAGGUUCCAAGCAGGUUCUAUUUAUUCUGUUAGAAUGGGAUCCGCCCUCUGCACGGAAGCACCACAGGCAAACACAGCGAAACUGUCAGCUAACUGGUAGCCAGGACAAACGCUCUAUAUCGUGACUGUGUAGCCCGUCUCAAGGUUAAUUCGAUUUAGCUCACACGACAUGCCAGGGUAGUUGGAUCACAAGAGUAAACCCACACAGUACUCCCGAGUCAUUGGUGAGUGAGCUAAAUCAAACAGACCUUUUUAACGGAAGGAAAUGUUCUUGCCAUUUUUGGGUACUGCUUGGUGUGAAAAAUUAUGCUUUGUCUGCUUUUAGGUUUGGAAAGAGUUGCUGUCCUCCUUCCAUGAUGUCUUUCGCCCUCAGAUCUAUUUUAAUAUUACAACAAAAACAUUUAAUGUAUUAUUAAUGUAUAUUUUUGUUGGAGACACUAGGUAGUACUUCAUCCCAUACACAAUUUUUCAGCCACUGAGUGGCAUUGUUGUGCUUUUAGAGCUCUAUUGAGACUGGAAGUAAAUUUACCUAAGAAUGCAGUCAGCGAUUUCAGGCCAACGGUUGUAAAAGUGGUGCUGUCGUGUGGAGAUUUCUAUCAAAAUAUUGUUAACUUGUAAGUAACGAGUCACAAAUAUAUACAGCGAGUCACAAAUACAUAAUGCCACUGUCAAAUAAAAAUCACGGUUAAGAAAUAUAUGCAUAUAGUUCCACAAACGUGUCAAAAUCCAAAAAGCAAUGAUGAAUCGUUAACAAAUACAACAGAUGAUUAGCAAAUAAAUGUACAAUGGUCUUUGUGAAUGUUACAGCAUUUGUCACCUGCGUUUUACAGAUUUGACAAUUGUGUUGCAUAUUUGUGAGUUGCAUUUCAUGGAUCAGUUGCCUAAGUAAUUCAGAUUAGGAGCUUUUUAGGACCUGGUUAUGCUUUGUCCCCAGAACCCCUAUAUGUUUAAAAUGUACUUUCAAAAUGACUCAGCACAUAAUUACUUGUAUAAAUAAAGUGUUGGGUAGUAAGAAUGAUUUAUGUGUACACAUUUUUAUAUCAUAUUGUACAUUUACAUUGUGAUCACACAACAGCCACACAAUGCUGUGACCGUCCUGUCAAGAGCUGUUAUUUACUGUGUUAUCUUUCUGCUACAGCCGAUACUAAAGCUAUCAACCCAAGAUCCUGGUGUACAAGAGUUUGUUUGCCUCAGUCUACCGUCGGUUACACAAGUCACCUAAUAGACAAUGUAGUAGAGCCGAGAAUGAGAUGAGCUAACAAGCUGAUGUAAUGUUACUGCAUGCCAGAGGUAGUUAAAAAAAGGCAACAAGCUAGCUACACAUUGAGCAAAGCUGACUAAUGUAGCAACCAAAAAUCGUUAUAUUGUAAUUGUGUUAAUACAAAUAUUAUUGUCUGAACAAUUUACUAGAUUAUAUUGUCUAUUAGGUGACGAUUGAGUAGUAAGACUGGCAAUAUUCAAUAAGUUAACUGGGUGAUGGAAACUUGCUGGUUAGCUGUAGACGUCAACAACAUACAGCCUAAAAUGAUUCUGAAUAGUAAAAUGUGUAAACAUAAAUUAUACUUAUUACCCAACACUUCAUUUACAUAAGUAAUUAUGUGCAGUGUUAUUUUGAAAGUACAGUUUAAACAUAGGGUUUGGAACCUGAGCAUAACCAGAACUAAAUAGGUCCUAAUCUGGAUUACGUAUUCAACAGAACUGUAAAAUGUGACUCACAAAUAUACACCAUCAUCCUUUGUUGAAGAUGAUAUGCUAGGAUAUGCUAUAAUCACAAAUGCUAUAAUAAUCCUUUGUUUUUGUUAAUCAUGAUUUGUUUUUGGAUUUUGACAUAUGUUUGUGAAACUAUAUGUAUAGAUUUCUUGACAGCAAUUUUUAUUUGACAGUUGCAUUAUGUAUUUGUCACUCGCUGCUUACAAGUUCACAACAUUUUGAUAGAAAUCUCCAUAGUGUCGAGUCAAAAAGGUUCCCCAAAAAUGUUGUACUAUGUCGUAUAGGUGCCUGUUUGUUCUCCAUGUCAUCAAAACCACUCGCUUUCAAACUUGUAAUGUCAUGUUAGUAAUUGACUGAGGUAUGACAGCAAUUCUACUCAGUUUUCACACAAAUAAACAAUAGUACACAUCAAACAAAAAAUUGUCAACUUCCUAUAGUCAACUUCCAUGUUAAGUAAACUUAUCUAUAUUUUGAAUCAGGCCCUUAGUGCCACAAUGCUUUUUAGGCUUCUGGACUGACUUAACAUUUUUUUUUACCAGACAUCUUUGCAAUAUGGGGAUAGCAGGCUAUGUAACUUGUACAAUCCAAAAAUGAAUUGAAUUCCAGGAACACCUAUAUCAAGCCAUAAGGCAUUCUAGGCUGUUGUUUUUCUUUAGAAUCUCUCAUUUUAAAUAGUAGAUGUAUCUCAAAAGUCUGUAUGCGUUGAUUGUAUGAGAUAAAGUAGACUCUUGAACAACAUGUGUUUUGUGACAAAAGUGUUGAGUGUUUUAAUUGGUAAGGGACAAAAUCUGAGUGUGGAUUCAUGUCCUACCAGUUUUUUUAGCAAGGAAAUGGCAGUAAAGGUGGUGUAUUUAUUGAGAAUAGACAGCUUUUAGCACAAAGAGGGACAAAACCAUAAGCAUCGCUUUAUUUUCUUUUUUGCCAUUCCAGAAAUUGUGAAAGCCAUGGAUCAUCCAAAAUAAAUGUGCUUCUCAAUUCCAUGUUUUUUUUUUUUUUUUAAAACAAAAGACAUUCAUUCGCUUUGCACUGAGGUUUAUUUUGGCAAACCGCCGGCUACUUUGUUUAGAGUCGGUCAUCAGUAAAGCCUACACGCAGUGUCGUCAUAGAAACCAGAGGCGGCACACGAUACAUCACUGGGGAAGCACCACCGUGGACAGGUGGAUAUAUAGGCGUUCCACUAAGUGUUGAGUUGCAUGUGUUUCCAACUGCAUGAGUAAAUCUAGGUGUAAUAGGCCUAUCUACUAUGCCAUGUAGUGUCGUCAUGUGCUGCAUGUAACAACUGGAUGUGGGUUAGAGUAGCCAUUUAUGCAGCCUGCGUGCGCCGGUUUAAAUACUGAUAGCGGGAGGUGUGGGUGGGGGGGGGGCAGCUGAUAAAUGUU